GGAGCUCAUUUCGCAACUUGUGGCGUGGUGUCUUCGUUUCGACCAUGAGUUCUCGCCAUACCGACUCCGGAUUCUACGGUUCGGCGCCUGCGGGACUCGUGGUGACGGCCCCUAAUGGUCUCGAGAAGCUCGUCAUGUCGGACCAGGAGAUCUGCGACGACAUCGUCGCGACGGUGCCUAAGCUCCAGACGGCCGUUGCGCGCGACACGUACGGCCGACGCUGGAAACAGGGUCACCGUCGGCAAGGUGUUGACCUGUUCGAGCUUACAACGGCCUCUGAUGCGGUCAAUGAAGACCGGGACAUCGCGUACGCCGUGGUGGCCAAGGCGGAACUUCGGUGUCAUCUGAACGAGGUGCUGAAUGUGCUUAUCACACACGAGUCCAAUGUGUACGAAUCCACGAUGAUGGCACUGGCCGGUAAGAAGUUCAAGAAGGGUGACGUGCUCUUCAGCCAGCGUCGACUGCUGUCACCGGAUCUGAGACGUCAGUCGAUGGUGGCGUCACGUCUAGAAAUGGAGAAGGAGAAAGCCCCUGAACAAGCGUUGAUCGGAGUGAACGUCGCGACGCUGCGUCCGCGGAUGCCUGUGGAUGUCGGCCGGAAUCGGAAGACGCAGAAGCUCUGCUUCUCCACGUUCACGCAGCAGUAUCCGGGCGAAGACCGUGCCGUCCACGUUAUGAAAACGUUGCCAAAAGAGUUACACGACCAGCUCAUCCCAACAUCGGAUCGCACUGCGCUGCGUAACGAACUCGACCACCUUAGCGUAGGGUUCCAUAUCCAGAGCAUCCGCACCAAGCAAACCUUUGCAGGCAGCAACACUCAUGUCACUCGUAUCUUCGCGCACGGGUACGCGUCACCGACGCCCCCGACGCAGUUCAGCACGCCCUCCACGGCGUCGAACCCGUCGGAGCUGGUUCAACGUCGUGAGAGCGUCAUGAAUCCCGAAGCCAAGCACGUCCUGAACGUCUUGACUAAGUCACUGCGUCAGUUCGAGCGUGUGGUUCGUCGUCGCCGCUUUGGCUUCCAGACGUUCAUCUACUUUCCUACUGGGUACGACGACCCGUCUUUAGAAAAAGCCUGUUCUAUCUGCUCCAAACGCUUCCACUUCUUCCGUCGCGACUUCUUCUGUCACCUGUGCGGUCACAUGGUCUGUGCUGAGUGUUCACAGCUUUACGAAGUCGAGGCUCAAAUUGGACAGAUCCGUCGCAAUCGCUGCUGUCUGCAGUGCGUACAUCGUGUCGACUCGUGCGUCUUUGACGAUGAAGACUUGGUGGAAGCUCUAGGCCCUGCCGUUAUAGCGGUGGAUGACGCGACGUGGUACGAGGACGGUGAUGGUGAUACCGUUUCCAUGACGUCGGACUCGAGUUCUGUCGAGGAGCUCACGGAGCAGCUGUACUCGGACGAUCCGAGCCAGCACUCGCACGCUCUUGAUUUCCUCGGUCAAUUGGUGAACCCAGUUGCGUCCCACAGUAAGAUCAAGCGCAGAAACUACACAAAGACGCAGCAAGUAGCUCAGGACGUGGAAAACUAUCUGAGCCAAAGUCUGCGUGUCAUGAAGGACCGCUACAGUAGCGUGGACCAGUGCACAGUCGCCGAUCUUGAAGAACGUGACUACAUUUUCGAGUUUGAUGCUAACCAGACUCAGGCUGAGCACCACCCGAUGCCUCCGAUGCCUGCACCGAAGAAGGAAGCGAGGCGACUUAAGGCCAUUGAGCAGAUGGGUGUGCUCCAGCCCGAGUACGACCACGCCGCGUUGGACCUGGUGGCUCAAGUGGCUGCUAAGCGUCUGAACUGUCCCAUCGGCUUUGUGUCUGUUGUAGACGACGAGAGCUUUCAUGCUAUCGGCACGUAUAACCUACCGCAGGAGGCAUUCACGCUGCCACGGACCAACAAUGUGUGUAUCCACGCAGUAUACGCCGAGAAGCCUUUGAUCCUGAAGAAUCCGAUGCGUGAUAUGCGCUUCAAUCAGAUGCCAUGUAUCAAGGAUCUUGGUGUCAAGUUCUACGCUGGUUUCCCUGUGCACGGACCGAAUGGUGAGGUGGUGGCAUCUCUGUGUGCUGCCGAUGCCGUCCCACACAACAACAUUUCGACCAAGGACUAUGCCACGAUGGAGACACUUGCGAAGCUCGCAUCAGACCUCGUGACACCGAAGAACUCCAUGUAUUGAGAAGCCCUGGAUUUUAUAUAUAACUUCAACUUGUUUUGUUUUUCUCGGUGGUCGACAUUUAAUGUGGAACACACAAAAUAUUGGUCUCUUCAAUCGUUCCUCAGAUUCCUUUUGGUGAUGGCGAGUGUGCCAUUUCAGGCGCAAACUCUACAUGUAGUCCGCCCUCGAUGCCCACGGCAAUUGACUUUUAAUCAAAUGCCGCUUGAAACGGCAAACGAGCAUCCCGGCGAAUCAGGAGCGUGCACUUGCAAGUGAAGUUUCUCGUAUCGCAGACUGCGAAAUCUCAAUUGUAUUGAAAACGUGUAAUGCAACUUGCAUGAUCAACUGG